AUGACGAUCAUCAAUAAAACCGAGGAGAAAACGACACAAUUGAUCGCCGAAUUCAAAGGAAAAACGCCAAAAGCACACGAUCGGGCAAUCGUUCGAGCCCGUUUCGUGCAAACAGGCGAAGGACCAGUGGCGCUGGUGACAAUUGGACACGAUUCGCUUAAAGUUUGGGAUGUACGUGCAAACGAGUCAAAGCUUGAGUUUGAAUCGUUCAUUGAAGUGAAAAAAUGGAGAUGUGGCGUACAACAAGCGGCUAUAAGUGCCGAUGGAAAUGAUCUGAUCGUCAUUGGUGCCGACUCGUUGAUUCACAAAAUUGUCAUCAAUUCUGAAGACUCGGAAUCACAUGCGGUUGUCACUCACGAUUUGGGGUAUAUGGAAGCGUGCUUUGUGUCGAUUUUGCCACAACGAGAAGCUUUUAUAACAGCUAGCUUCUCCGGUUACUUGAGCAUGGUCGGUUUUGAUGGACGUUUGAUGAAAAGGGAACCUUUCAGCAACAUUAAACACGUUUCAGCAAUUGCUUGUUCACGUUUUGGUGAUUUGAUCGCCGUUGCAACACAUGAUGGAGUUGUCAAAUUACUCGACGGAUUCGCACUACAAGAAAAGAGCAAAUGUGAAGUUCAUUCAAUGAAGAUUCGUGCCCUCUCUUUCUCGCCUGAUGGUUUCUAUUUGGUGACUGGAUGUGAUGACAAAACGAUUAAGCUUGUUGAUAUUAAACAAGAAAAACCGACCAUUGUACGCGUUUUAUGCGGACAUCGAGCUCCGGUGACGGCGAUUUCUUUAGAGGAAAGCGAGGAACAACGAAUGGUCACUGGUAGUCUUCAGGGAGAGAUCUUGCUUUGGAGUCUUGAGCACAGCACGCCGAUUCUCAAAAUCCCGAGUCCUCAUGAAACGAUGGUGAGCUCUUUGAGUUUCCACCCAGAUGGGCAACAUCUUGUAUCAACGGGAGAAGAUCGAAUGAUUGCUGUUUUUACGUUGCCACAACACAAGCCUGUCGUGCCGAUGACGCCGGUCGACGAGGACCCAGAAAUGGAAGAAGAUAUUUUGGACGACACGCAAUUCCCCUACAAUCAAAGGAUCUCCCCAGAAGAAUGGCCAGUUCGGUUUGAAGAUGAGGACAAGGAAAACGAGAAUGAAGAACAAUCACAGCCGCAACAGGAUGAAAUGGAUGAGGAUCAAGUACAACAAAACGAGGAUCAAAUGGAAGACACCCAGCAACAAGAACGAACAAUUGCCUCACCACCAGAUGGUGUUGAAGGGUUACAAGGAUCUUCUGAUUGGGAUGCUGAACAACAAUUUCAACGUCAACAAGACGAAAGCGAUGAGAAUCACGAA